AUGGCCGCCACCUACACUUGCACUCAGUUCGUGAGCUUCACCCAGCCCACCAGCUAUACGACAAGCACGAGCACCACCUAUACACUGGACGCAGCGCGCUUUGGGCAACGCGACCUCUCCCUGUUCAUCGAGAGCCUGGAGACCAUAUCCCGCAUCGAACGUGAACGUCAUGAGCGUCGUCAACGCCGCCGUGAGCAGAAGCUGCAGCAGGCGAGGAUGGCGGAGUUGGAGGUCGAAAGUCGGCGCAGUCGUAGUCCGACGCCCACCGCCGACGAUGCUGUGGACGAGCCACUCAUGUUUCUGGAGUCCAAGUGCAUACCCUAUGUCGAGUCGGAAGCCAUAUCUAAGGAGACACCCGACUACUACUCCUGUGACGACGAGGCCUAUGGUAGUGGCGCUCACUCGCCACGCAGCAGCGUCACUUACUGCAGCUGCGGCGGUAGUGGAAUCUCCAGUGGCAGCACAGACUCCACUGAGUCGGGCGUUUUUGGUUCCACACCGCCACCACAAUCGGAGCUAAGCAGCAAACCCAAACAUCGCUCGGCACGCGCACGCAUAAUUGACAUGGUCCUGAAACGCGACAGAGCCCCUUCGGCGGAGGCUCUGGACCAGACGGUAGGGUGCGAAGAUCUGUUGAAUGAAACAAUUCGGCAGCAGUAUGACAAUAUGGACAAAAAGUCCCGACGCCGUGGCUUUGCGUGCAUGCAAGGAUCGCCCGAGGAGCGCUUCUUGGAUAAAGCCCUGCGCUAUUUGACACUGUGA